UCUCCUUCCUCGGCCUGUCUUUCUAUUUUUGACAGUAUAUGAAGUCUUAACUUGACAAUUUUACUCCCUCAUUUUACUCUAAUUCAACUUUGACAUAAACUCUAGCAUUCCAUACGUCUUCAAACUGAAAAGCCCUCUUAGCGGUGAGGCGUGACAUGGAAACAUCUUCAUCUCUUCAACGCCUCAAGGUAGCGGAUUUACGAUCCAAAUGCAAAGAGCUCAAACUAGCCAACUAUUCAAAACUUCCGAAACCUCAACUAAUUCAGCAUAUACUUGAAGCUCAAAAUCUCGCCUCGUCAACAAGCUUCACAUCAGUGACAAGUUAUAUUACUGAAGAACAAGACAACCAUUUUCGAUCCAGAGCUGAAGCUUUUAAGCCCAUCAGUCAGGAAUCGACAAAACACCUCAAAGUCACAUUCGAUAUAACUCAGCAUGACCAAGCACAUUGCCUGUUGGAUCCAGUCCCUGGAGAUUCUUCACACUUGACAGCAAGCACGAAUCAAAAGCGUCUUCCUUCAGGAGGUCGAUUGCAGCAGCAAGCCGCAAAAUCCGUAUCGUUAAAAGUAGCAUCGAAUUCCGUAGGACUACCAUCAUUUCCAAACGCCUUUACUAAAACAAAUUCCGAACCUCACUCACCUGGUUUAGCAGCCAUGAACAAGAGCAUGCUUCUAUCGCCUAGCAUGCCAAAUGCUCGUCACAUUAGCGCAUUCACAUCUUCGCAAUCAGGUUCAUAUACUGCUUUAGUAAGAAAAAAGAAGCUCCAGGGGACAAAUCCAGCACAUCAUGUAACGCCUAUCAUUGCAGCAAGCUUGUCCUCAUCGGCAUCAAUGACCAUACCUUGCCCUCUGCCUAUAACGCCUGCUAAACGAGUGACUCAGAUGGAAAACCAUUUCCUGAACACCUUAUUCAUAAGCCUCAAUCGUUAUCGCACAGAUCCCAUCCUAAGUCCGCCUUUCCCUUCAUCUAUCCGCAGAAAAACACACAGAAUCGACCCAACUACCCAUCUUGCUUUUCAGGGUAUACAUCCUUCACUCUAUACGUCCGCCAAUGAGCUUGCAUUCCACGUUUCUGUCCGAUUCUGGGUAUUCCGAAUUCACACAGAGAUGCUGCAAGGCUGUAGCGAAGCCUGGAGCGUGUUAGGCGCUGCUUCGGGGCUGAUGACAGCUGAUUUAUGUAGGUGGCCUACAGUCACAGAAUGCAGAAGGGUAUCUCAAGAUAUAUGGUUGGUUCGGACCGAAGCGAAUGGUUUAGAUUCGCUUUACGACCAUACAAGCAAAGUAUCCAUUACUUCAUCUAAUGGAGAUAUGAUCCAACAAACUUAUCUGGUGUUGGAGGCGACCGGCGAAGUUGUCGCUGAAAGUAGCAGUCUCCAACAAGACACUCACGUAAUUGAAGGAUGUGCCAUUCGACCUGAUUGGUUCUUCUACAUUCAGAAUACAACAAGCUUAGGCGUUGGGUCCUCUGUCUUCCGUUAUGUGAAAACUAAGGAUGAUCAUGAGUAUCCUCAAGGCAUCUCCAAAUGCUGGCGACAGCAAGUUAUGAAGAAAGGAGAUUCGAAAAGUGUGCUAGAUGUGGCAGAACGAGCUGUUCUGACAAGCUGUUCUUUAAACAGUAUAAGCGGUCGGAAAAUGACGAUUGUAGACAUGGAUGCUGAACAACGAGGCUAUUGUAGCACAGUUUUAACACCUUCAGGUAACUUAGAGGCCGUCUCGCUGUAUUUACCACAAGAGCAACAUGUGAUGUCGGUACACAUCCCACUUGAUUCUUAUCAUCCCAAUCUCGCUUUUGUCCAUCGACGAUCGGGCAUCACAGAAUACGUGUUGAAGGAUACGGGCCAAGUAGUCGGUGACGAGAACUGCGGCAUUUCACCGUUAUGGCAAGGACUGUUGGGAUGUAACGAUCGAGGUGAUAAAGACGACGGACGGAUGGAGGAGUUUUGGAAAGACUGGGAAACCAGACUAUGGAUGUGAAUAUGUAUGCAU